GCACCUAGAAAAAGAAAGACUCGUUUCCCUUCGGACACAUUUACCCUGCGCACCGUCAGAAAGAGGCGCCGCAUUCUCACAUUUUCACAAGUGUGGUUGUAGAGAUGGCGACUCCGAAGGUACCAGAGGUUCGAGACAUCAUGCGGAUCGAGAGAAUUGGUGCACAUUCUCACAUUCGUGGCCUUGGUCUGGACGAUGCUUUGGAGCCAAGACAGGUGUCUCAGGGGAUGGUUGGUCAGCUGGCCUCCCGUCGGGCAGCAGGGGUCAUUCUGGAGAUGAUUAAAGAUGGCCACAUCGCUGGCAGAGCAGUACUGAUUGCUGGCCAACCUGGCACAGGAAAGACUGCCAUUGCUAUGGGCAUCGCCCAGUCUCUUGGCCCUGAUACACCCUUCACAGCGUUGGCUGGUAGUGAGAUCUUUUCUUUGGAGAUGAGCAAGACCGAGGCACUCAGCCAAGCUUUUAGGAAAGCUAUCGGCGUGAGGAUCAAAGAAGAAACAGAGAUUAUUGAGGGAGAGGUGGUGGAAAUCCAGAUUGAUAGACCGGCCACUGGAACGGGUGCCAAGGUAGGCAAGCUGACUCUAAAGACUACUGAGAUGGAGACUAUAUAUGACUUGGGCAACAAGAUGAUCGACAGUCUAAGCAAAGAGAAGGUACAAGCCGGAGAUGUUAUUACCAUUGAUAAAGCAACUGGAAAGAUCAGCAAACUGGGGCGCUCCUUCACCAGAGCCAGAGACUAUGAUGCUAUGGGAGCUCAGACACAGUUUGUACAGUGUCCGGAGGGAGAGCUGCAGAAGAGGAAAGAGGUGGUCCACACAGUGUCCCUCCACGAGAUCGACGUCAUCAACAGCCGUACACAAGGCUUCCUGGCUCUCUUCUCUGGAGACACUGGAGAGAUCAAGUCUGAAGUCCGCGAGCAGAUUAAUGCUAAAGUGUGUGAGUGGAGGGAAGAGGGCAAGGCAGAGAUCAUUCCAGGGGUGUUAUUUAUUGACGAGGUCCAUAUGCUGGACAUGGAGUGCUUUUCCUUCCUGAACCGUGCCCUGGAGAGUGACCUGUCCCCAGUUCUCAUAAUGGCCACCAACAGAGGCAUCACUCGUAUCCGCGGCACAAACUACCAGAGCCCACACGGCAUCCCUAUCGACCUGCUGGAUCGCCUGCUCAUCAUCGCCACCUCCCCUUACUCUGAAAAAGAGACGAGGCAGAUCCUCAAAAUCCGGUGUGAGGAGGAGGAUGUGGAGCUGAGCGAGGAGGCUCACACCGUCCUGACUCGCAUCGGCAUGGAGACGUCGCUGCGCUACGCCAUUCAGCUGAUCAGCACGGCAGGACUGGUGUGUCGCAAACGCAAGGGGACAGAGGUUCAGGUGGAGGACAUUAAAAGGGUCUAUUCCCUGUUCCUGGAUGAAGCCAGAUCCUCUCAAUACAUGAAGGAAUAUCAAGAUUCUUUCCUCUUCAACGAAACACAAACAUCUGCAAUGGACACCUCAUAAUGAAGAUGAUUGCUUUGUUUUCUUACUCUGACAUUUUUAUGUUGUUGGUCGUCCUCCUGGGUGGGCUUCAAUUCAGAACAGCUUUUUAACUUAAAUUUGAAUUCAGCAUCGAUUUGGAUUGAAGAUAAAAUUUAAAUGUAUUAAAUUCCUCACAUUUCUUCUCUGUUCAACUUUAAUGUUGUUUGAAUUCAAAUUUAUUUACUGAAAUUUGGCUUCAUUUUGAAUUUCGCACAUUUCUGUUCAUUACCGAGGCCUUGUGGCAGGGAUAUCCAUUCCUUCAGUGUUUUUUCUUUGUUGACUUAUCUUUACGAUGGUUUAUUUUUAUGAAAAUAAUUAAACAGGCUAUGAUAAGCUC